AUGCCGUCUACCUUGAAGAAGUCUGCUCCGCAAUCGCAUCUUGCUGUGACGUGUGCAGCAUGGAACAAAUUGCAAAAAUAUAUUGCUGGUGAGACUAUUGCCAUUGAUGGUAGUACUUUGGACUUGGCAGCUGUCGUGGCAGCUUCAUACCACAACUGCACCCCGGUGCUUACUGAUGAUCCUUCAGUGCAAGAGCGCAUCACGGCCAGCGUGGAUGUCUUGAUGGACCAUCUCACUAAAGGACACAACGUUUACGGUGUCAACACUGGAUUUGGCGGAAGCGCUGACUCUCGAACUGACCAGUGGGCCUCAUUGCAAGCAGCACUACUGCAGCUCACUCAAGCGGGUGUUCUGGUUAGUGCCGACAAGAAUCCCAGCUCUCUGGAUAGCUCAAGCAGCUUUGGAGCCCAUGCUAUGCCCGGAUCAUGGGUGCGUGCUACGAUGGUUGUCCGAUCCAAUCAUUCAGCACGCGGUCAUUCUGCCGUCACGAUUCCCGUGAUCCAAUCUGUCUUGAAGCUAUUGGAGAGGCGGAUUACGCCCGUGAUUCCUCUGCGAGGAUCAGUCUCAGCUUCUGGGGAUUUGAUGCCCCUGGCCUAUAUUGCGGGCGCGAUCCAGGGUAGCCCUGAUAUCUAUGUGCAGACGCCCAAUCCUGCGCCAGCGACAGGUGUGAAAGUCAUUACCGCGCUGGACGCAUUGAAAGCUGUGGGCGUUAGCCCCGCUCAAUUGGGACCGAAAGAGGGACUGGGUCUAGUGAACGGCACUGCCUCGUCAACCGCUCUGGCUAGUCUGGUCAUGUUCGAAACUCACCAGCUGGCGGUGCUGACACAGGUGUUGGGAACUAUGGCAGUAGAGGCUCUCCAGGGCAACUCAGAGAGUUUCCAUCCCUUUAUUUCUGCCGUUCGGCCUCAUGCCGGUCAGAUUGAGACCUCAAGAAACAUGAUGGCCAUGCUACAAGGAUCUUCUCUCGCCAAGGGCAUUUUCAGCAAGAAGAACCACCACGAACAGGGUCUGGAGCAAGAUCGGUACGCCCUACGCAGUGCACCACAGUGGAUUGGCCCACAGCUGGAAGACCUUCUCCUUGCGCACAAACAGGUUGAAGUGGAAUUGAACUCUACAGCAGACAACCCGUUGGUGAAUAGUGAGAAUGGUGAGAUCUACUACGGAUGUAACUUCCAGGCGGCUGCUAUGACUUCUGCAAUGGAGAAGUCGAGACUAUCACUACAGAUGAUGGGAAAGCUGCUGUUUGCACAAUCAACAGAGAUGAUGAACCCAGACUUGAGCAAUGGGUUACCCACUAACCUUGUUGCGGAUGAUCCCAACUGCUCAUUCACGAUGAAGGGCGUCGAUAUCAGUAUGGCUGCUUAUAUGGCCGAACUCGGAUAUCUUGCCAACCCGGUCAGCUCCCAUGUGCAGUCUGCCGAGAUGCAGAACCAGUCGGUCAACUCGAUGGCGUUUGUCUCAGCACGCUAUACGUUGCAAUCCGCUGAACUUGUAUCUCUCAUGUCUGCCGCCUUUAUCUAUAUUGCCUGCCAGGCUCUUGAUCUCCGAGCCAUGCAUCUUGGCUUCUUGUCUAAGAUAUCUUCAGUCAUUCCGCCCACGCUCAGUGGCUUUUCUCCAAUUCUGUCCUCCGAGGAGCAGAGUAUGCUGGCCAAAGCCCUGGAGCGCCACAUGGCCAGCAACUGGAAAACAACGUCUAAGCUGGAGGCGACAGCCCGUUGCCAAAAUCUGGUUGACUCCUCAUUGGCAAUCAUUAUUCAAGCACUCGUAGAAAGCAAGAGCCCUGCCCCUAGAGAGCUUUGUGACACGACUGCCAUCCUGGGAGCUUGGAAAACCAAUACCUUGACUGCUCUGGUCAAUGCCUAUCAUGACAAUAAGGAUGCUUUCUUUACUCACCAGCACACAGAAGAGCUCCUGGGUAUGGGAUCUAAAUUGAUUUAUAAUUCUGUUCGGAAAGAUCUGCAAGUCCCCUUCCACCAAGGAUUUACUGAACAUCCCACCGUGGAGAGCGACCAACUCGACGGAAGACCAAAGAGGACAGUGGGUAGCUGGAUUUCAAUUAUCUAUGAAGCGCUACGCACUGGUACUCUGCAGAAGCCAUUGAUGAACUGGUUGUUCGAGAACAUCGCAGCGUUUGAGUAA